GACCCAUUAACAGUAAAUCUCUUGACUAAUAAUGGACAACAUACCUCAAAGUCAGUCGGAAUUUUGAUUUGCCUAUAUGUUCUUGGUCAAGAUGUUCACAUGCAAGCCUGAAACCACAUCGUCGUUAGAAUACAAUGCCCAGAUAGAGUUGUGAGAGUUGUUUGCCAGUAGGAUUUCAUGGAUUCAAGGCUAUACAGAGUUGUAAAAUCAGGAAAUGUUUAUAUUCUCCUUCAACUUCUCAAUGAAAAGCCAAGGCUACUUACUAAACUUACUCCACAAGGGAAUACACCUCUCCAUAUUGCUGUGCAAUUUGGACAUAAAGGAGUUGUCGUUGAAAUCUAUAAUCGAUGCAGGUCUCUGCUUACAAGGCCGAAUUCGAGUGGAGACAGUCCUCUACAUGUUGCUGCAAGGUGUGGACACUUCUCUAUUGUUGAUUUUCUGGUGAAAGAAAAUCUGUCUGCAAAAAGGAUAAGCACUGAAAAUGGAAAAACUGGCAAGUUUGACAUACUGAGGCAGGGAAACAACGAGAAUAAUACAGUUUUACACGAGGCUGUUAGGAACGGUAAUAUGAGUGUCGUAAAGUUGUUGCUAAGGGUUGAUACUAAGUUGGCCUGUUUUGAAAAUUAUGCUGGCGAGUCUCCGUUGUUUCUUGCUGCUAGAGAAGGGAAGAAGGAUAUUUUGAAUCAGAUUCUGAUAUCAACUCCAGCUUCAGCUCAUGGGGGAUCAGAGGGCCAAACUGCUUUGCAUGCUGCUGUGAUAGAGAGACAUUCAGAUAUCAUGGAGAUCCUUCUGAGAGCAAAACCACACCUCAUCACAGAAGCUGACCAUCAUGGCAGGACCGCACUCCAUCAUGCUGCAUCCCUUGGAGACCGCAGGGCUGUUGAAAGAUUGCUGGAAUUUGACGAGUGUAUUGCAUAUGUAUUGGAUAAAAAUGGCCAUUCACCCCUUCAUGUUGCAGCCAGGAAUGGUCAUGCUGAUGUAAUAGAAAGAAUUAUCCACUACUGCCCAGAUUCUGGAGAGCUUCUGGACCUGAACGGUAGGAGUGUUCUUCAUUUUGCCGUUCUUAGUGCAAAAGUGAAUGUGGUCAGAUGUGUGGUGGAAAUAGCAGAGUUACAAUGGCUCAUAAAUCAAGCAGAUAAUGGCGGGAACACACCUUUGCAUUUGGCUGCUAUUGAAAGACAAACUCGGAUUCUGCGGUGCUUGAUAUGGGAUGAAAGAGUGGACCACAGAGCAAGAAAUGAAACGGGCCAAUCAGUCUUUGAUAUUGAUGAAUCUAUCAGAGAAUCAUGUUUUAUAUAUCGUUGUAAUAGAAUCAAAUGCGUAUGGAGGAAACUUAUCGUUGUAUCUAAUCGAAUCACCGGGAAAAAGAAUCCCCCAUGUGCAGACCAAGAAGCUAUUGCCAGGAUUCAAACUUACAAGCGAAUGGGAAAUACCCUCUUAAUGGUAGCAACACUAAUCGCAACAGUAACGUUUGCAGCAGCUUUCACACUUCCUGGAGGCUUUAACAAUGAUCUUGGCCUCAAGCAAGGCGUAGCAUUACUGGAAUCAAGCAAACAUCUGAGAUGGUUUGUUUUCUCGGACUCGAUUGCCAUGACCAGCUCCAUAAUCGCAGCAUGCAUAAUAUUUUGGGGAGCUGUUAGUAACGAUGAGUCCUAUGUUUACUACCUGGCAAGUGCUACCGUGCUAACUUGUAUAGCGCUACAAUCAGCAGGGAUUGCAUUCCUAUCAGGAAUUGUUGCUGCUUUGCCUGAUCAACCCUUUGUUGACAGUGUAAUUUAUAUUGUGGGGAUUGCUUUCCAUGUUAGUAACUUCUUGUUUCUGCUCCAGUUGGUGCGGAUUUUUCUUGUUUCUGAAAUCUGCCAGUUCUUGAUUUUUUGUUUCUGGAAGAUGAAGUCCAAGAUCAAUAAAAGAGAUCACCAAAAUUGACAAACA